AUGGCGCUGAUAGUGCCGCCGUCGAACGAGAAGAAGAGAGUCAAGGUUUAUGAGCUCAAAAACAAUGACUGGUUCGAUCGGGGGACUGGGUUCUGCACCGGACGCAUCAUCAAUGAUGAGUCAAAGAUAUACGUCGAGUCGGAAGACAGCCCAGAGCGAUUGCUUCUGGAAACGAAGAUAACGAAGGACGAUGGAUACCAGAAACAGCAAGAUACCCUUAUUGUAUGGACCGAGACAAGUGGUAUAGACAUGGCUCUCAGUUUUCAAGAGGCAGAGGGUUGUGCGACCAUCUGGGAUUUCGUUAGUCAGGUACAACAACAGCUACUGUCACUUGGAGGUCCAGACGACGCCCUAUCAGACGACGCCAUGGAGAGCUUCGCCAAACCCUUGGUCCUUCCGCAACCCGAGAUCGGGAAUUUGGAUGAUAUCGAGCACGCGAUGCGUGGAAUAGCGUCCACGCCGCAAGGUCGAGACGCGCUGGCGAAGUUCGUCAUCAGUGAAGACUACAUCCGGAAGUUGAUACCUUUGGUGGAGAUGGCAGAGGAUCUUGAGUCGCUGAAGGACCUGCACUGGCUGUGCAACAUCAUGAAAAUGCUCAUCCUUUUAAAUGACAGCCAGAUCAUUGACCACAUUGUCAACGAAGAGGUGGUGUUUGGGGUGAUUGGCGCUUUAGAAUACGACCCGGACUUCCCAAACCAUAAGGCAAAUCACCGACGAUACCUCAAGGACAACUCGAGAUACAAGGAAGUUCUGUCCAUCGCAGAUCCAAACAUCACCAGAAAGAUACACGCUACAUGGCGCCUUACCUAUCUGAAGGACGUGGUUCUCGCAAGGAUCCUUGAUGAUCCAACGUUUGGCGUUCUUAACUCUCUCAUAUUCUUCAAUCAAGUCGACAUAAUCUCACAUUUACAGAACAAUCCGGGUUAUCUCGAACAGUUAUUUGGCAUAAUAGACAAUCCUACGGCCGAUAUCAAGCGGAAAAGGGACGCUGUUGGGUUCAUUCAGUCUUGUUGCGCAAUAGCGAAAAGCCUCCAAGUGACACCGCGGGCCACUCUCUACACCAACUUCAUCAACCAUGGGUUGCUUCGUGUGAUAACAUUUGCCAUUUUGAACAAGGAAGCAUCCAUUCGGGUGGCCGGCACGGAUAUACUGGUUGCCAUGAUAGACCACGAUCCUGCCAUGGUCCGAGCCUACAUCUACAAAGCCAUCAACGAGAAAAAGACUCCACUCACCGAGACUUUGAUUGAGCUCUUACUUGUCGAAGUUGAUCUAGGUGUCAAAGCUCAAGCUGCCGACGCAAUUAAGGUAUUACUCGAGCCCCAGCCAACCCAGCCACCACAACAACAGCCCCAAUCCCAACCUCAACAACAACCUCCACAGGCCCAAUCUCAAGAAGCUAUUGCAAGGCAGACGGGGGAAUUUCUGUCGAAGGUGCGAGGAGUAGACCCGUUACUAAACCCCCAAACUGAGUCAUUUAUCCAGCACUUUUACGAUAAUUCCGCGAGCAAAUUAUUUCAACCCCUGAAGGAUCUUGAGAAAAGGGAAACACUGAAUGAUAUCACAUUCCAUGAGGUGCAAUUGUUCAAUCACUUGGUCGAGAUUAUCAUCUAUCUUUCUCGUACACAUCAAUUUCGAAGUAAAUAUUACAUCUUUUCGGAAGACAUUUCCUCACGAAUAGCGCAAUUGCUCUCUGCUCCGCAGAAGCAUCUCAAGCUAACUGCCUUGAAGUUCUUUCGCCAGUGUAUAGGCUUGCAAGAUGAAUAUUACAACCGGCAGAUCAUGCAAAAGAACCACUUCGCACCUAUCCUCAACAUAGUUUACGAGACAAUGCCGCGUGACAACCUACUGAAUUCUGCUUGCUUAGAGCUUUUCGAAUACAUAAAACGAGAGAACAUAAAGCAACUGAUUGAGCAUCUUGUGGAGACUUUCCGUUCGAAACUUCAAGAAAUCACCUACGUCGACACUUUUGAAUCACUCCUGAAUCGCUACGAACAAAUGCAAGGCUUCAAUCCGGAUGCAGAUACCACACUAUUCAGCAAUGACAGCACGAGUACCCCCAAUCGGACACCAAACGUCAAUGGCAAUCAACGAUGGCAAGGCGUCAAGGAGAUGGAUGCUGUCGAGGAAGCGUACUUCAACACAUCAGACGAUGAGGACGAGCCGUUGCCCAAGGCGGUCUUAUCAAAGGCUGCGAAGAUGAAUGGGGUUACAACUUCUCCAAUGCUGAAAUCUCUGGUCGACUAUCCGGACGACGACGAAGAUUCUAUGGACACAACCCCACCAGAACCUGAGGAACUCGGCACCAAGCCCGAACUAGAACCAUCUCCAAUGCUCCAAACCCCGCCGCCAGAGCGCUUGUCAGAAAAGCGCCGGAGAGAAGAAGACAAUGACGAAGAUGAACUUGGGAAACUGUCCUCGACUAAGCGGCGGAAUUCCGGCUCCUCAGCCUCGAACACUGGUAGUGCCGCAGGCCACAAUACUCUCAAGCGAAAAAAAGGGUUCAAGAAUGACCGCGACUCUCCGACCAACGGUCCCAGUGCGAAGAAGAUCGAAAUCUCGCUCAGCGCCAAAAAGGCGGUUUCAGAAGCAGGAUCCAAAGGCGAUGAUGGGGGAUGA